AUGCAGUCCACUUCACCUCCCCCGCAGACGCCCACCGUCCAGCGCCCAGACCCCUUCGAGGACUCGGACAGCGACAGCUCCCAAGUCACUCUGCAACGCCGCUCUCCCUUGCCUCCGCGCACCGUCCGGUCGCCCCAAGCCAACGAAGCGACGCCCAACUACUCGCGCCCUGCUCCUCCGCGCGAUCGCGAUGAGCAAUCCCAUGCGGGGCCCCAGCUAGGACACCGCCCGCGACAGCGCUCCCAGGGCUACUUCGAGCCCAGCCUGCCCUCCAACCAGGCCAGCAUGUCCAAUCUGGAUGCUUCGCGCAUCGCAGCCCAGACAGCCAUGCAUCCCCAACACCUGCGCAAGCGCUCGACGACGAUACCAGAACCUGGAGGAACCGCGCCUGCAGCGCGAGGGCCCUCGAGCCCACCACCCAUGCCCGGCCAACACACGGUAACUUUCAAGACGAACGGCAUGACAUACCAGAAUGGGUUGGCGGGCGGGAGCAGGAUGGCUGCAACAUCGGCGGCCAACGCUGCCUAUCCGCGGAGCCCUCUGCACUCGCCCAACAUGCAACAACCUCAAGAGCACGGCUCCCCAAAGCCGGCCUCAGUCGACUUAGCCCAAGCUCCGAAGGCAAAGGAAAAGAGCAAGAUGAAGCUAUUCUCGAAGCCGAAGAAUAUCAAAACAGACAAGAGCUUGGAACCCAAACACCAAGCCUUGCCGUCGCCAGGCAAGAUUGGCAUCGGGAUUCACAGUUCGCAGGCGCUGAACCGCAUGUUGAUGAACCAGUCGCAAACAAGUCUGGUGGAGCCCAGCAUGAGUGGUGCUGCGUCGAUAUACUCGACAGCGAAUGGCUCGACAUCAACCCUGGUCCCGAGAAACGACUCAUAUCUUCCGACCGUUCACGAAAAAGACAGGGAUAAGCACAAACAUCAUUUCCUGUCGCGACCAAAGAAGAAGGAAAAGGAUGACCACAGCCUGCCGUUGUCUUCUGCGAGCAGUACGUCUCGACUAGUCGAUCCAAAUGCCCCUCAGCCCUUGUACUCUUUUGCCGCCCCUGCAUCACCAGGACAUGCGAGUAGCUUCGCCAACUCUGUGACUGGGCUCGACUUGAGGCAUGGAGGGCGUCACCUGAGGCGCGCCAAGAAAGAAGAGAAGGCCUAUUUGGAUGCGCAGGUCGAACCCGCGUUCCGGGAUCGGAAACAGUCUUUUAGCACAGAUAGGUCAGAAUGGCCGUCUGUGAGCAGCGUCGGCACUACACCUAUGAGCACUUUUGGACCGUCGUCUAGUGCAGCGCUCUCCCAGUCUAGCGAUGCAAUGCACACUCUCGGAAGCUCAUUCAAUCUGCCUGGAAUAACGCCCGAUGAUGCUUGGCCCUUAUUGAAAGCCACAGUGUUACUCAUAUUUGCGGGCGAGGAUCCGCGGCCGCCUGUCGAAGACUUCAACGCACUUGUUAUCGUCCAUAUCAAACGGUGUAUACAAAAACGCUCGCCCAUCAUCCUUAUCGAGGACCUCAAUGAGCUUCUCAUGACUGGAUUCGGCUCGCUAGAUCAGACGCUCAGACACGUUCCUGACGACCGCCUUAUCCCCCAUUUGGUCGAGAUGUGGAUCGUAGUCUUCACAACCAUCCUCCCAUUUAUACAAGCUGUAUUUCUUCCUCUAGAUCUAGAGUUUCGCGGCUCCGGCAUCAUGUCAUCAACAGCGGCUGCCGAAUUCUGGGGUGUGAAGCUACCGGACGAAAUGAACACCAAGUCCCCUGAAAACAAGAACAUACCCAUCCUUGGCGAACUGGACGUCCGCCGCAUCACGCUUCUCAUGUUCCGAGACAUCGUUAUUCUUCCACGCUACGAUACCCUUAUGGCGAUUUUUUCUCGUCUCUCCCUAGAAAACCUCAACGCAGGUCUCGAAUCACCCUCCCCCAUACCAGACGCUCGUCCUGGAACAGCGGGUUCGGAAAGUGCACCUAUAGGUAGCUUACAAUCUGCAUCGCACAGCUCAGGCGGCUACCUUGAAUCCACAAACAGCAUGACUUCCUCAACCUUCGCUUCCACCCGCUCUCGCGCUACGUCCAACACCUCUGCCGGCUCCUUCUCCGCGCACUCGAUCCAUUCUAACCCCUCUACUUUCCUACAGCCUGGGCAACACAUUCCUGCCUCGCUCCGUGCACAGCCUAUGGACUCUGCAAAGGUCACGGAAACAGUGGGAAGGAUGCUGCAGUGUGUUAGUGUGCUGGUUAGUCUACAGUCUGGUGACGAUGCGCAGGAAAAGAUGAGCAAGUUGACGAGGGAGCUGAAGUAUAACUGGUUGGGCAGAGGAAGAACGGGCCGGCAGAGGCAUGGGUUCGUUGGUGCAAGAAGAGGUGGGGCGGGGUUGAAUUUAGCGGCGGGCGGAGCACGCCUCAGCCAGCAGCUGCCGGACUCCAGUAUUCUUGUCAUCGAAGCUGGACCUUUCGCGCCAGAUGAGGACCGCAUCAAUAUCCCGGGCUUGAAAGGCUCGACCUUAGGCACAAAGUACGACUGGAACUUCACAUCUAUCCCGCAAACACAGCUCAACAACCGUGUGAUUACGCAAUCUCGCGGCAAAGUGCUCGGUGGCUCCUCAGCCAUCAACUUGCUCAUUUGGGAUCGCGCUUCGAAAGCGGAGUACGAUGGUUGGGAGCAGCUCGGGAACCCGGGCUGGAACUGGAAUAACAUGAUCGGUGCGAUGAACAGGGCAGAGAACUUCUCUUCAUACGGCCGAUCCGACUACACAGGCACGACUGACUUCGGCAUUAAAGGCCCCAUCAAUGCUGUUGUUAACAAGUACAUGCCUAUGCACCAAGACGUGUGGCUGCCAACCUUCGACAAUCUCAAUGUCGAGCGCAAUACCGAUUGGCUCGGUGGCGACAACACUGGCAGUGCCUACCACUCCAGCACCAUCGACCCCUCCAACUACACCCGCUCGUACAGUGCCGUCGAAUACCUGCCACGUGCCGGUCCAAACUUCAAAAUCAUAUGUGACACCGAAGUCGCCAAGGUCAACCUCGAGAAGAAGGGUCACAGAUAUAUCGCUACUGGCGUCACUCUGCUCAACGGCGAUGUAAUUUACGCUGAGAAGGAAGUCAUCGUCUCAGCUGGCACGCUCAAAAGCCCUCCCCUUCUCGAGCAAAGUGGUAUCGGUGGAAAGACGAUCUUAGACCGUGCCGGUGUCGAGCAGCUAAUCGAUCUUCCCGGCGUCGGAGAGAACCUCCAAGACCACCCUCGCAUUCAGAUUUCCUACCAGCUCAAGGACAACUACACCUCUUUCGAUAAGCUCAAAGUCGACACCGACUACGCCGCCGAGCAAUACGCGCUCUGGGAGCAAGGCAAACUCUCCGCCUACGACUACGCUGCGAGCGCCUACUCUUAUCAAAACUGGAGUUCCGUGAUAGGCUACAAAGAAGCUAAUCUCGUCGAGGCCGCGAAGCGCGUCGCAGCCGAGACGAAUAAUGUGGUCAACAACAAGAAGCUUACCUGGCUCACCGACUCCGUGCUUAGCGGUGCCAUUGCCGAAGCCGAGUUCCUGCUCUCGGACGGCUACAGCGGCAACAAGGGCUACCCCAAAAAGGACGACCCUCUGUACGGAAAAGGCUUCACGACUAUCUUUGCUGCCCUGAUGCAUGAGCUCGCGCGCGGGUAUGUGCAUAUUAAUUCCACGGAUGCGUCAGCCAAACCGGUGUACAACCCGGCCUUCGCGAGCAACGAGUACGAUCGGAAAGCUCUCAUUGAGCUGAGCAAGUACAUACGGAAGAUUGCGACCACUGCGCCUUUCUCGGAGAUAUGGGUCGAUGAGUACGAGCCUGGCCUUCAGGUCGACACGGACGUUGAGUGGGAGGACUUCGUCAGGAACAACGUGAAUACAUUUUACCAUCCCGUAGGCACCUGCGCGAUGCUACCUAGAGAGGACGGUGGUGUCGUUGACUCGAUGCUGAUGGUGUACGGGACGAGCAAUCUGAGGGUGGUGGAUGGUUCGGUCAUUCCCCUGCUUGUGAGUGCGCACCCGCAGACGGGCAUCUACGGUAUUGCGGAGCGUGCGGCCGAGAUCAUCUCGGGCGUUUGGAGACAAGCCUGA